GCUUCUCCCUCCGCUGAAAGAGGUGAAACUUCUUCUUCAACGUUCAACACAUUGGAAAGGAAUGCGUCAUUAAUCAUCAAGACUUUCGUAUCAUGUCUACCACCAUCGGAAUUACAAAGAUAUUCCAAGGAAGGGAUGAUCAUUCCAGAAAUGACUCGUCCAUUAUUCGAUUAUCCAACUUACUUAAAAAGCUUUGACGUCGCGUUACUUUACUCCUCUAUCGAAUAUUACUUCACUAAACUACUAAGGAAUACUAGGUUGAUGCAUUAUAAAUCUCCCUCAUUUAAUCCAACAACUAACUUGGCUCAAUGGAUAGUGAAUAAAAGCAACGCUCUUCUUUCGUUGAAUUAUCAAUACGUUACUGAAGACGCAUUAAAAUCCGUUAACAUAACGUCUUUCAAAAAUAUUGAACUGAAGUUACAACGAUUAACCAAAUUAGAUUUCAUUUACUUUCCACAACGAUCUUUUAUUAAUGAUAUUAAACCAAUAAUUUCAGAAUUUUUACGUUAUUUAACCACAUUUAAAUCAAAUGAAUUUUGGUUAAAUGAUGAUCCCACCUUUUUGGAUGUCUUUUGCGCUCUAAGUAAACAUUUAAAUACCUUGGAAUAUUUGGAAUUCUCUGAUUUAAAUCACCUCAGCAGACCUUUAUUGGAAUUACUCUCUAAUUGUAAACGACUUAAAGUGUUGGAAUUUAAAGGGUUCAAUUUAUCUCAACAACGUCAACAACGAUCAAGCUCGAAUGGUUUCUCUGAUUAUUUGUUUGGGAGAAGUUGUGUGGAUUCGCCUCUGGGAGAUAGUUCAGGAGAAUAUAACAACAGUCUCGUCUCUAUCGGGGAGGAUAUGAUCAAUCCUUCAUAUAACAUUUCGGUGGAAAAUUUGAUCAUACAUAGAAAUCAGAAUGCGAAUUCAAUCAUCCCUUUACUUAACUUGAUAUCCCCUUUCUCGUUACGAAAACUUUACAUUGAAAAAACUACCCCUGAAAUCAUCAUCACAAUUCAUCUCCACUUUAACUCACUUAUCAAUUCGUCCUUCAAAUGGCUAUCAAGGUAUGAUGGUCACACCUUGGAUGAUUUGAGGUCUAUCUUGGGCGCCCUUCAAAAACGGGUUACUCAUCUCACGUUGGAUGUUGAUGGAUUAUGUGAAGAAAAUAAUUCAAUUCAGAGAGAUUUGAAAUGUAUAAAGUGUAAUUUGAAAUCUUUGGAUUUAAUUUAUGAAGAUACCGGAAAAGAUAUCGAAUAUAUGGACAUUGUGAAUAAUUUCUUGAAGAAAAACAAAGAAAUCAGGAGAAUUAGAUUUAUUGUUAAUAAAUUGAUCGCUGAUGGUGUCAAGAAUAUUGUUAGAAGCGUAAAAACAAGAUCGAAAAGAAAUUUGGAAAUCGGCGUGAUUCGAACUUCUAAUCAACUACUAGCCGAUUGGACCAAAUCGCAGUUUUGGAGCGUCUAA